UACACGUGUCCCCUUACUCUGCUCUUUUUCUCUCUCUAUCUCUCCUCCCUCGCUCUCUCUCAAUCUCUCCUCGCUCGCGCCAUCAUCUCCCAUGGCGGAAACAAGGGUCGAAAUCUCAGAUCAUGUGGGUGGUGAGGUCUCUCUGACGGACUCGGAGGUUUGUUCAUCUGAUCUGUGCUAUUUUCUUUUGUUGCCACUGUGUUCCAUCUGAUCUGAUUGUGUGGAUAACUGCCACUUCUUCGUCGAGGAGUGAGGAGGUCUCCUUUUGGGUCAGCAGAGAAGCUCUCAUUCACUAUCCAGAUUCCUCCGUAAGUUGUUCGAACCUCUGAUCUCUCGAAAUCAAUUUAGUGAGGUUGUUUAGCUAAGAGAUGAUUCAUUUAUAGCCCUUCUCUAAAGAUGUAAUUUUUAUUCUAUCUCUAUUAGGUUUUUCAAGAAUCGCAAAUGGACGGAAGCGGCGGCGGUGGUGACGGUGGUGGUUCCAUAGCCACGGUGGCGGUUGAUCCUGAGCUCGACCUCUCCUCUGAUGCUGGAGCUUCUCUCCCUACUCGAGGCUCUGAUGAGUUCAAGCCUUUUAUCCGCCGUCUCCCCGAGUUCAAAUUCUGGUACUCCAUGACUAAGGCCUUCUGCAUAGCUUUCCUCAUGACGUUCUUCUCGGUCUUUGAUGUCCCUGUCUUCUGGCCUAUUCUGCUUUGCUACUGGGUCGUUCUCUUUUUCCUCACCAUGAGACGCCAAAUCUCCCACAUGAUCAAGCACAAGUACAUCCCUUUCAGCAUCGGUAAACAGAAAUAUAGUGGCCGUAGAUCUUCUGCGAGUAGCGGUGGUGCCUCUCGUGCGGAUUGAUUCUGAUUAUUAGUUCCAGUUUGUUUCAUGUUGCUCUCUGUUAGUUCCCUCGGAAGUACCUCUUCUGUAAAUAUGAUUCAUUUCUACUUCAAACCGAACUCAUUCUCUUUGUUUUUUGUUUCGUU